GCCCAGCGCCGCCACCAUGUCCUCUGGGGCUAGCGCGAGCGCCCUGCAGUGCCUGGUGGAGCAGCUCAAGUUGGAGGCUGGCGUGGAGAGGAUCAAUGUCUCUCAGGCAGCCGCAGAGCUUCAACAGUACUGUAUGCAGAAUGCCUGCAAGGAUGCCCUGCUGGUGGGUGUUCCAGCUGGAAGUAACCCCUUCUGGGAGCCCAGAUCCUGUGCUUUACUCUGAAGACUCUAGGAGAGAAGUUUGCUGAGGAAUGCCUUCAAGCACAAAGUGAUGAAUGACUGCCUUCAAGUCUCAAGAAAACACUUUUCCCUAACUUU